CACCAAAACAAGCCAUCAUCAAAAUCAAGAUCCAUUCAAAACCCCUCGAGCCAAGUCGCGCACGAGAUUCUCCAAGCUCUCGAACGAUUCCCCUCCUUCCCUCACCGCAUCCCGGGCCCUCUCUCCCAACUCCGCGGCCCGCGCCCUCCUCUCCCCCCACUCCUCCCCCGUGGCCUCCACCAGAAACCUCGCCACGUCAUCGGAGUCGGGCACCGUCUCGGCCCCUUCCCACGCCCUAACCGCCACUCCCAACUCCUCCACCAACAGCUUCGCGUUCAAGUACUGGUCGGCCCCCAUUGGCCACGUCAGCAUCGGCACCCCGGCCGCGAUGCUCUCGAGCGCCGAGUUCCACCCGCAGUG